AUGUAUGCAGCCAACAAUUCACUGGUUGGUACUGAGUCAUUGUGGCGUCAGAUCAACGACAAGGUCAUUAUUGUGCAGAUCUUGGUAAUGAUUUUUCUUUGCAUCAACAUAUUACUCAUUGUAACCUUUUCCAAAAACCAGUGCUUUUACACGACUACACGUUACAUCUUAUUUGCUGUUACAUUACUGUCAGAUAGCAUUUUGUUGUUCAUGUCUGAUAUCUUGCUCAUCCUCAUCUAUUUUCGUUUUACCAUUCAAGUGUGGCUGUGUAUCAUUUUCUCUGUUGUGGUACUUGUGUACAUCAUAGUCACACCAGUUACUCUGACAGCAAUGACUCUGGAGCGCUAUGUGGCCAUUUGUAUGCCCCUGCGUCAUGGAGAGCUCUGCUCCACACGCAGCACUAUGCAUUGUAUCCUCAUUAUUCAUGGCCUCAGCUCUGUGCCCUGCAUUGUUAUUCUCACCACCCUCUUUGCAUCAGCAUCUCUUAGCUUCUACAAAAAAUAUCAGAUGUGUUCAGUGGAGAUUUUUAUUUUUCAGGUCUGGCAGGAUCAAGCUAGGUCAGCUGUACAACAAUUUUACUUCUUGAUUAUGUGCAUCAUCAUUGUUUUCUCCUAUGUUAAAAUAAUGAAAGUGGCCAAAGCUGCAUCAGGAGAGAAUAAAAAGUCAACAAAGAAAGGGCUCAGAACAGUGAUUCUUCAUGGUUUUCAGCUGCUGCUCUGUCUCAUCCAGCUGUGGUGCCCAUUCAUAGAAGCUGCUGUAAUUAAGAUUAGCUUUAGUUUAUUCGAAGAUGUCCGGUACUUUAACUACAUAAUGUUUUAUCUCGCUCCAAGAUGCUUGAGUCCACUCAUUUAUGGUCUCAGAGAUGAAAAGUUUUUUCAGACAUUAAGAAACUAUUCCUCCAUUUGCUUGUUUAAAAGAAAUAUUUGACUAAAUAGAUUAAUCAUUUUAUAACAGAAAUUGACACUGAAUUUAAUUUACUCACUGAAAUUCUAAUUUCAUUGAGGCAUACUGGAAAUCACUGUUUAUGUUCACAAUUCACUCUCUAAAUAUUUAAGAUUUAGAGGCAUGUUUUAGUGUCUUUUUUUUUUAAUCGUAAUAAGCAUAGAUAUUGCUAUGAUGAAUAGAUAACUAUGACCCACACGUAGUGUGUAGUUUUUGCUGCCCUGUACACCUCAAUAAAGAGACAGAGCAUGACAGACAUAACCUGAAUGUAACUUCAGAGAACAGAGAAACAGGCUGCUGGGGGACUUUAACAUUAACAUGGACAAAAACUGAGAAACUUAAAAGAAAUUCAAACAGUGCUUACCUGAACCCAAACUCAAGGUGAAGGAGUCUCUUCACAUCAGCAAGUUGAAGUGCAGGCACACAGUAGUAGCACUGGAGAUUAUUAGUUGCUGCACUAAAUCAUACUUUGUUAAUGUAUUUCUAUGUUAUUUGUGGAUUCUUCAUAAUGAUUAGGCUAUGCAUUGUGCAGUCUUUUCUCUAACCACACUGCUUGUCACAGAUUAUGCUUUAUGUAAAAUCUCAAAUCAAUAUGUAUCUGUUAAUCCAAUAAAGCUGCUCUUGCACAAGUUAUUCAACUUUCCAACCUUUCAAAGGCAGAUAAGAAAUGGUUUAACCCCCUUCUUAUUGUGAACUGACAAUGUUCAGUAAGUACCACAAACUGAUAUCACAGUAUUUUAAGAUUACAUGAUACGACUACAAGGACUUAUCAACACAUAUAUUGAAUUGAAUACAUAUAGAUUCAUUUUAUUUUUUGCUAUGAUGUUGACAGUGGAAAAACAAUGACAAUGGCAAACAAUAUUUUUAUAAAAAAGAAUAUCUUUGCAGCAGCACAGCAAAACAUAGAAUAAACAUUUUUGUUCCAGUGUUGGAUAAGUCCUACUGCCAUAAACAUACUGAGGAUUUGAUAAUAAUUUUCCAUAAGCGCCAAAACCAGCUGAUAUUUGCUAAUCAAAUAAAUAUUCUUAAAUAAUAAUUUAUGUAAUACUAAAGAAUUACUUGUCAGGAAUUUAUUUCACUCUAUUUUCAGGAUAUGAUUUUCUUUGUCUAAAUGCAAACAUGUAAACAUCUUACAGGCAUAACAAGACAUAACAAGGAAAAGCAGGAAGUUCAAAGCUUUUGAAAUUUUAUCAGACAUUUCAUAGCACUGCUAUGAAAUCAAUAGUACUCUCAUAUGCACUUUUUUCCCCCGUUUUCCCGAUUUGUCUAUUUCUCUUAGUCCUCUCGUAGAUAAGCUUCAUGCACCUCAUGUUCCUCACUAUCUUCUAAGAA